CGGUAUACCUCUAUGUGUUGUAUAAAACCCGAAACAAGUCAAGUCAACUGUAUUAGCUCGGGUUUCUCACAAUUAUUUUUAUCUCCUUUUUGAGUUCCUUCUUUGUAAUUUCUAGAGACUUCUCUCCCUUGGUUGCGUCUUCUCCGAUGGCGUCUGAUCUUGAGAAGAAAGCGAAGGAGGCCUUCAUCGACGACCACUUCGAGCUUGCCGUCGAAAUCUACUCACAGGCCAUCGAUAUCAACCCUAAUAGCGCCGAGCUCUUCGCCGACCGUGCUCAGGCCAAUAUCAAACUCAACAAUUUUACUGAGGCUGUUGCUGAUGCUAACAGAGCUAUAGAAUUGGACCCUUCCAUGGCCAAAGCUUACUUGAGGAAAGGCAAUGCAUGCAUGAAGCUUGAGGAGUAUCAGACCGCUAAAGCUGCAUUGGAAGCAGGUGCUACUUUGUCUCCUGAAGAUUCAAGAUUCACUAAUCUGAUCAAAGAGUGUGAUAAACGAAUUGCUGAGGAAAUAGGUACUCUACCAAACCAGUUACUGGAGAAAGCCACGAAACAUGUCGUAUCUCCAAAAGAUGUUCAGACAGCAGAUGACUUUCCCAAUCACUCGGUGGUAGCACCUGCUAAGCCAAAAUACAGGCAUGAAUUCUACCAGAAAGCAGAGGAAGUGGUUGUGACCAUAUUUGCAAAGAAAGUACCUGCCAAUUGUGUUACUAUUGACUAUGGGGAGCAAAUAUUAAGUGUUAGCAUUGAGAUCCCUGGUGAAGAUGCUUACCAUUUUCAACCCCGUUUAUUUGGAAAGAUAAUUCCUGACAAGUGCAAGUUUGAAGUAUUGUCUACCAAAAUUGAAAUCCGCCUUGCAAAAGCUGAGCCCAUACACUGGUCAUCACUUGAAUUCACCAAGGAAAGCACAGUUGCGCGAAAAGUAAAUGUAUCAUCAGUUGAUGUAUCUCAAAGGCCUACAUACCCAUCCUCAAAGCCAAAGCAAACAGAUUGGGAUAAACUUGAGGCUGAAGUGAAGAAGGAGGAAAAGGAAGAAAAACUAGAUGGUGAUGCUGCCUUGAACAAAUUUUUCCGUGACAUAUAUCAAGAUGCUGACGAGGACACUAGAAAAGCAAUGAGAAAAUCUUUUGUGGAGUCCAAUGGGACGGUGCUGUCAACUAAUUGGAAAGAAGUUGGGGCGAAGAAGGUAGAGGGAAGCCCUCCUGAUGGAAUGGAGAUGCGGAAAUGGGAGUACUAAGCUCGCUAAUCAAUCUGUGGAUGUAUUUCUUCCUAAUGAGAUUUUGCUUCAUGGACAUUUUGUAAUUUAUCUUCUGGCUUGUGGUGUCGUUUCAUGUUGGGUAUAUCCUCGAGUACUGAAAUCGCGGGUUAAUGUUAAUGUUAGUUAGCAAGUACAUUUUCAGUCUUUAUUUUGUUGCGAUGAUGUGUAUACUUCGGCAGGUUUGGAACAACUCCCUUCAUGUGACUUCUAUUUAACCUUUUUUUUCUUGGAUUUGAAUGUAAUGUCAUUAUUGAAUUUAAUGUUUUGCUAUUUGUUUCAAGUGAUAA